GCUGCAAGCAUACCACUGCGCCACUAAUCAACAAACACAAACAAAAACCUGGCUCUGGCAGAAAUCUCGAUUUUUUUUUUAUAUAUCGCUAUGUUAUAAAUCUAAAGUAGUUUAUAAAUUUUAUUCAUUAUGACUGAGAGAAUUUUUGAUCAGAAAAAUGUAAUAUCUCCUGAACAGGAUUGUGAGCAAUCACCUAUCAUAAGAACGAAAGGUCAUAUUUGUAAACAAUGUCAAAAAUGGUUCAAAAAAUCAAGUGAUCUACGUAGACAUAGUUAUGUGCAUUCCAAAGAAAAGCCGGUUCCUUGUGAUCAUUGCGAAAAGAGAUUUAAAACUAAGGAACAUUUACGAUUACAUCUCAAGAAUCUCACACUUACGAAAUCCUACAAUUGUGAGUUAUGCAAAUUGAGUUUUAAAAAACUUGGACUUCUUAAAAGUCAUUUAGCUACCCACACAAAAGAAAAGCCUUUUAAGUGUGAAAUGUGUAAUAAAAUUUUUGGUCGCAAGAAUGCACUUUUUUACCACUAUGCAAGCCAGACAUAUUUAAAUUACCAUAGGCAAUUUGAAGAUUUUAAACAAUAUGAAUAUUUAGUUGAAAAGUAUAAACCUGUUGACAACGAUUGUCCACAAAUAUGUGCAUUGUGUAAUAAGGAAUUAAAAUCAGCGAAACAACUUGCAAAACAUAUAAAAUAUGUUCAUGAUGAGUCAAAUAGACAUCAUAAAUGUGUAUCUUGUGAUAAAAUAUUUACAAGAAAAACUGGUUUAAAUUUACAUAUCAAAACAUAUCAUUUUUUUAAUGAAAAAUCUCAUAUUUGUAAAAUUUGUCAAAAACGAUUUAUUACAAAAAGUCAGUUAAAUAAACAUAGUGUUGUGCACAGUUCAGAGAGACCUUAUAAAUGCACAGUGUGUCCAGCAAAAUUUAAAACUAAAACUACUCUUAUUGCACAUGGAAUUAUUCACAAUAACGAAAAACCUUUUGCCUGUGAAGUGUGUAAGAAAACCUUUGCACGAUUUUGUGGUCUGCUGUUUCAUGCCAGGUUACAUACAGGAGAACGACCAUAUAUAUGUGAAAUUUGUAAUAACACUUUUUCACGAUUAGGAACGCUAAAAAAGCAUUACAAAGCUCAUGAUAAAAAUAGUUCUGUACUAAAGAUAAAUCCUAGGGGUAAUAAAUCUUCACAAACUGCAAAUCAGGAUGAAGAUAAUUCUUUACAGAUGGUAAAUCAUGAUGGAAAUUAAUCUUUCAGCAAUUUCAAAUCCUGAUGAAAAAUGCAAAGAAAAACCACCCAUUGAAAGACAGUUUACUUUCAACAAAUGAUACACAAAAAAAAGUUGACUGAAAAUCUAGUUUGGGGCUGGGUAGCCCUAAAGUUGUUACUAGUCGCAAGUUACUAAGGAAAGUCAUACUUGUGAAUAUGUACCAGAAAUUAAACCUUAGAGGAUCACUUAUAUAUUUUAUUUAUUUUAAUAUUUAUCUAUCUGUUUUUUUUUAAUUAUCUUUACUAAAGGUAAAUCAUAAUUAAUACUCUUUACAAAAGGUAAAUCAUAAUUAAUACAAAUCUUUACAAAAGGAAAAUCAUGAUGAAAAUAAAUAUUUAUUAAAAACAAAUCACUCACAGAAAGCCAGUUUAGUUUUCAAAUAAUAUGAGUUAAAAUAAUACUGCGGAAUUGUUAAAGGAGAAUAUUUAAAGGGGUCUCACAAAAUGAUUUGCCUGGAACCUGGCUAAAUGUGGCAACAGUUCUGGCUAACACUUCACUCUAAAUUGAACUGAAAAUCACUGUAAAUUUUUAUGUGCAGAAAAAUCAAUUUCAGAAAUUAUUUAAGAAAAAUUAAGUAAAAACUUCUUUUUCAAGAGGUCAGAUUAAAAUUGUUUCUACAAAUAUUGUAUAUGUGUGUAAUAUGAUUGAUAUGCGGAAGUAAAUGUUUUUGCUAUAUAACCAUAUACACAUUUAUACUUAUUCAAAUUUAUCUAAAGUCUUAACAGACUUAAAGCCUUGAUGGCUCGGUGAUUAAGGCACUGAACUGACAUCACGAAGAACUGGGGUUCGAUCCCCUGCAGCGGCUUAAAGCCCAUUCAGCUUCAGAUUGAUAGGUAACAUCUUUUCAGGAAAUAAAGGCGGCCUGUGCGCAGUGCUAACUAUACUGCCACAAUCAUGUUGCUGAUAUAUUUAAAUAUGUCACCAUUUAAAAUGUCUUUAAAUAAUGUGUUUAUAUGCCAAUUAUAAAAGUCUUGUUUUAUCUUUGUGUUUUUUAUUAUGUAAGUCACAGCAAGAGUGUAGUAAGGGCCUACAGGUGCACUCCACUGAUUUUUUGAUAAAAUCUCAUUUUUUUUCUAAAUUUGGCAGUUAUUUGCAGGGUUAGAAUAAUUGCUCCAAAACAAAAUUUCUGCUCCCAAAUGCCUUUUUUUUUUCUCAAAAAAUUGCUUGAAGCUGCUCCAAAACCCUAAUGAUAUUAAUUAAGCAAAAAAGCGAGAAUUUGGCCCCCUCUUUCAACUGCAGGCAUUAAAAAUUAGUGUUACUAAAUUAGCAAAAUUCACUUGUUAUAAUAAGAACAUAUUAAAUAUUGGAAUCGAAAAUGCCAUGUUGAAAGGGUUGACAAAAAAUCUAAAUGAUAGGAUUUACUAAAGAAUCUGUGCAGAGGGAUCACAUUAAAAGUUAUACCUUAAAAUUUUACAAACGUUUGUUGUAAUAAUAUUGUAUUUAAAAUAUCAAAAUCAGUAAAAUACAAUUGGAAGUGACCGGAAAAAAAAAAAUUAUGAAAUCAGGCGUUUCUAAAAGUGAUUUUCGAGUAAAGCGUUAGCAAAUAGUCGUCACUCAAAUCCGAAAUUUGGGUGUGCUAAUAACAUUGUGCUUCGUUUGUAAUUAAAAAUAUCAAAAAAAUGAGAAUCCACAUAAAAAUGUGCAUAAAAUGAUGUGGAUUUAUGAUGGAAUCAUUGCAAAUCCAGCAGUUAAAAAAGUGAUAACUGAAAUUCAAAACCCAUGUAUUGCAAAAACACUAUACUAAAGAUAUUUUCAUUUGAGUGCCCAUAGGGAUAUGAACAAAAAAGGACAAACAGGGCCAUGCAAUCCACUUUUAGAACUAUCUUCAUUGAUGAUUUUAGAUAUUAUUGAUGAUAGUAUGUUUUUAUUGGUGGUGGUAAAUGAGUAUUAUUUAAAGUGUGAAUUUUAUUUAGUUCCAAAUAUUUAUCAUAUUUCUGAUAUCUAAUUGUUUAAAAUGCAUAUUAAUAGAAGUAUAAUAAAAGCCUGGGGAUAUAAAUUCAAAUCAGAUUGUAUUUCCUCAGGAAACACAUUAAGUAAAUUUUUUCAUUUGUAUUAUUUAUUCAGCUCUUUGUUGUGUUUCUAUUACAUCUUUUUUUUAUUCGAUAAUGUAUUUUUUCCCAAAAUCUGUUAAAUCUAUAAUAAUAAAAUUAAGAGUUUGCCCCUUUUAUAAUUUCAGAACCAUUUGCACCACCAGUCCAAAAUUUAGACAUCGGCUGCAAAGAGCAAAUUUUGCCCCCGGUCCCAAAAUUCAUUCAAAAUUUUCAAAUUGUUUCAUAAAGCCUUUUCAGAAAUGGAAUUUUUAAACUGGUUAAGUAUUCAUCAUUUUAAAUUAAAUGUUAGACGAUUGUAUAUUUUUUUUUCAAAUAUUUUGAAGUUAACAUAAGUGAUGUUCGCUGUAUUAUAUAUCAUAUUAACCAAGUCUGCUGGUUCGAUCCCCGGCUCAGACACCAGAUUUUCGGGAUGCAGAAAAUCCUCAGCGGCCAUGUCGUAUGAUUAUGCGGCAUGUAAAAGAUCCCUGGAGUGCCUUAUUGGCUCUUGGCAUUUUCGGCAAAAUUAAAUUCAUAGUGCACUUUAGAAUCCAAAUGGAGUCUCGGUGCUGCCUUCUAGUGUGGCAGAAACUAGACGUCCAAAUUAACAUGGUCAAUGGUAUCUCACCCAUUGUGGUGGUCCUGAAAGAGUGGAUGCCACUUCUGGAAAACACACCAGGUCUGCUCAUUGAGAAGACUGAUUGUGCAGCUCAUAGGAAAUAAAAUAUAUCAUAUUAAAAGGA